AUGGAAGUGGGCGCAGCCUGUGCGGCUGCUGGUGCAGCUGGACUUCAUCUCGCAGGCUACAACCGGGCCAAUUACUUCGAAAAUUUGCACCUCAAGCAGAGCCGGAACUUCCGGAAGCAGCAGAUUGUCCACUCGCAGGCGGAUCUCUUCCGUGCAGAUGUGGAACAAGCCAUUGGCGCCUCCAGCGCAGUGCAAGAUCGGCUGAUUGUGGUGUCCGCCUUGCUUUUGGGUGUGACAGCCCAUACGAAUGGAUGGAAUCUAGCUGCCAAUACCCGAUCGUUUCUUCAAGACAUUUUUUACCUUUGCAUCGGCAACGCCUUUCUCUACUUUUUGGUGUCUCUCAUUGCUUCCAUCAGCGCCAACAUUUUGGCACGUAAGUGUCAAAAGGAGCUGCUCAACAACUGCGUGCGGCCACCUUUCGCAGAGAUGAUGCGGGACGUGGACCUAGCAGCCGAACUGGAGAGUGCAGAAGCUUUUGAACGUCAAGGCGUUUCCCAAGUUCUGCGAAUUCCAGGGGCUGAUCAGUUGUCUGGGAAGAAAUGGGAAUCAGAGGAGGACUGGUCUAAAAGCUCUACCAAUGCUUCGAUGGCGUAUCUCAUCGAGCAGCAGAUUUCCAACGAACUGACCUUCAUGGAGAUGCAGCAUGAUUGGGACGAGCUCCAGACCUACACACCGUAUUUCUUGGUUUGGGGUUUGAGAAGUCUAUUGAAUAGCUUUGGAUUUUUCGCCCUGUCGCACACCUAUCGUGCACAGAAACCCUAUGGCUUCCAAGUGCACAUUUUCUAUGUCAUCGUUGUUGCUGGACUGAGCUUUAUCUCAGAACGAUUGAUGGCCACAAGCCGUCGAGUUUUCGCAUUGGAGAUUGUCGCCCUCAUCCUGUGCCACGUCCUGUGUUUCUACAUCGCAUAUCAGGAUAGGAGCAGCAGUGAAAAGCUGAACUUCCACUCCUUCAAUACGUGCGUUCUGGUAGCCUAUGCUGCACAAUUGGUCACGGUAGCCAUUGCACAGUUCAGGUUCGCAGCCAAUGCGCAGAACCUCGACCCGACCCAAGGUGUAUCUGCAGAUGUCAUGUCAGAAGGAUUUUUUCAAUCCUUUUGUUCGACACUCACGCGUGGAGAUUCGAAUUUCUCAUUGGCGAGCAGUGAAUAUUCCAUGGCACCUGAGUUGGUGUCAGCCAUCAGGUCUGAGGGCGACACGAAAAGCAUUAAACUUCCACGGAGUCAGCACAGUCAAAACAACGUCCUCAACGAGAGGUGGCAGCACUUGUCCUUUGUUCGCAUCUACGUCCGAAAAUUCUGCAUCUUUGCUGGUUGGGCAGUCAUUGCAGUUUGGCUGGGGGCGGUGAUUGUCCAGUCUGGGCGAGUCAUUAAAGGAAUUCACCGGACAGAGAUGGAACUGAAGGAUCCUUUAAAGCCGCGUCGUUUGGACUUCGCAGGCGCUGAUGCAGCUGAUGCAGUCACAGUUGCUGUGGAAGUGGACGGAAAUCGACAGCUACUGCGAGACCUUAAGACCAAGACCGUCGCACAGCUGCUGGAACACGUUCAACCACUGACUUUCUGGCAGCGACUGCAGGGGAAACGCUUGGCAGUGCGAGACGAAGAAGGUGUCGAACUCAGUGGGCUCCUUCCACUGGAGUCCCUUGCUGAGCACAAGCUGAGCAUACGCGUGGAGGCACUGUGA